AUGUUGAAUAGAGAUUGUGUAAUUACCAUGCCAACUGGCUCAGGAAAAACUGUAUGCUACACAAUCCCAACUAUAAUUUCUGGAGGUACUUCAGUAGUGGUAAGUCCUUUAUUGUCACUGAUUUACAAUCAGGUCAAGUCCCUGAGGGAAAAAGGGAUCAGUGCAACACAUAUUACCUCACAAAUGGCACCAACUGAAAGAAAUUCAAUCUUGCAUUCGUUGCUCAAACCAAAACCAGAUUUUCAGUUUUUAUAUUGCACACCUGAACUGUUAUCUUGUACUGAUAUAACAGCAACCUUGCACAAAAUGGUUAACAAUAAAACUCUGGUAAAUGUGAUUAUAGAUGAAGCACAUUGUGUGGACAUGUGGGGACAUGAUUUCCGUCCAAGUUAUUGUGAUCUUGGUAACCUUCAAUUGGGUGUUCCCUUGGUUUGUUUUACAGCUACACUCACUGAUCGUGCUCUAUCAUCGGUCACACAGAGCCUCAAGUUAACAAACCCCAUCAUUAAGAAAGCACCAUGUGAAAGAGUUAAUCUUUGCAUGCAUGUGGUUGAGAAGACUGGCAAUCAUCCACGUGACAUUGCAGAAGUAAUAUUAAGUAAUUUCCCAGAUCAGUCCGGAAUAGUUUACUGUAAUUCAAGAGAACAAACACAAAAUAUGGCAUAUGAACUUGCAGCUGCAGGAGUACAAGCAUCAUUCUAUCAUUCUAGAUUAGAUAUAGAUUUGAAAAUGGAGAGACAAAAGAAAUGGGAAGAUGGUGAAUUGAAUGUUUUGUGCGCUACGUCAGCAUUCGGUAUGGGUAUCGACAAAAAGAAUGUUAGAUUUGUCAUUCAUGCUACCCUACCUGGAUCUCCAGAGCGUUACAUUCAGGAAACUGGCCGUUGUGCGCGAGAUGGAAACAAAGGAGAGUGUUACCUGUAUUUUAACUUUAACGAUCGCAGUACGCAUAUUAGAAAUAUAUACGAAAGCCCUAAUCAAACAAGAAAAAAUGUUGCUUUCGAGCGCUUGAAUAGAAUGGUGGAAUACUGUAUCAGUAAUAAAUGUCGUACAGCAAAGCUACAAGAAAUGAUGGGAGAAGAACGAACCUCCAAAUGUGGACAAUGCGACAUGUGCAUUGCAAACAAAGACGUGCAUUUAGUCUUAGAAGAUUUUUCGCAAUAUGCAAAGUUGAUGGUGAACUGUAUAAUUGCUAUGAAAAAUCUCGACGAGAAAAUAAAAUUUACAGAUGCUGUUAUGGUGUUCCGGGGAUCUAAAAUUAAAAAACUUGAGAAGUUUUUUCACAUCAGUCAGCAUGGAAGUGGACGUGUAAUUUCAAAACAAAAGGCAACACGACUACUACAAGAAUUAAUUUUAUCUGGAGUAAUAGUAGAAAACUUGCACGGAUUAUCCAAAACCACAUUUCUCUCAGUUGGAAAUGUAUGUUCAGCAUUGUUUGAUGGUUCCUUAGUAAUUCAAAUAUGAGUUAUGUGGCACGUAUGCGACAAAAAUUAUAUGCAAAUAUGAAAUACCAACAUUAUUUCAUUUCAUUCUAUUAAAUAUAUAUUGUGAAUAAAAGUAUCUUUGUUAAGCUUUUUGACUGCUCAAUGAAAGUUUUAAUGAAAUCCUUAACAAGCGCCAAGCUCUUCAUCAUCUUCGUUAUCUUCACUUUCAAUACAUGUUUCAUGGAUUAAUGAAAUCAUUAAAGGAUUAAUGACUUUUUUAUGAAAAUUCAAAGGAUUAAUGAAAUCCUUAACAAACGCCAAGCUCUUCAUCAUCUUCGUCAUCUUCACUUUCAAUGCAUGUUUCAUGUUGGCCAAAGUACUUAAAUAAUCUUUCUUUGAAAACGAGUUUAAAUUUAGCAACUCCUUUGCUGUAACCAUCAAUUAGGCUGGGUGUUACUUUCAUUGUUUUUCCACAUGAGCUGUAUGAAGUAAUGUCGUUCUCGCCUUCGCUAGUGUGAUUCACAAAGAAUCCCUCCUUCAGACAGAACCACAUAGCUUUGACCUUGUCUUUCAAAGAAGUCUGUUCACGAUGCCUUCGUGUAUUGUGCACGUCAAAUGCUUCCCUGGCUUUGUAUGCCGCACGAACAGACUUCAUUAGGUCGAUGUUGCCCAUAAUUCGUUUCAUCAUGGUAAUAGUUGUCUUUCCUUAAAAAAGAAGUGCCUUUAUGUAUAUUACAUUAGGGAAGUGUCACACACGGACUUAGCCUACGAGAAACGUCAUCUGGACGUUUGUCUCCAACCAGCCCCCCCCCCCUAGGAGGGGUCCUUAGAAACGCUACACAUAGUUUGCGAAAUUUUAUUGUAUACAUAAACAAUGCGGAGACUACUGCAAAAGCCUAACAUUUUCCUUACCAGUAUCUACUGUAGUAAGGUCUAUUAAAAUAUCCUUAAUUCGCUGUGCCUAACAGUCAAAUUGUACCUAUUUAGCAGAUAAGCGAGUUUACCUUAAGGUGGCUCGAUACAGUUUCCAAAAAUUCAGGUGUUCAACACUUUGACGAUAUGAAACAUGGUGACCCCCAAUUUUUUCGUGCAUUAUUAUACUUGGAAGAAAAACUAACAAUUAGCAAAAUAUGAAGAAAUUCUGUAAUGCCAUUUUUUUGGAAAAUGCGAAAAUGUCGUACUCUUUGGUAUAAUGCGGUGCAAUACAGCAUGCAAAAUUUGAACAUAGAUCACCAGCAGCCUCGUACCCAGGCGCAAAUAACUAAAAAUAGGCACACUACGGUGUUUUUAUAUAGAUCAGUGGCUAAGCUGAGCGAGCGCUCCCCAAGCACCCCCGCGGGCUUGCUCAGC